CGCUAAUCUUUAAUUCGGAAUUUUUAGGCAUGAUGUACAGUAAACUUUUAUUUUUACCUGGAAACUACAAAAAAAAAAAGUUUAAAGUGACGAAAAGGUUAAUCAGAAGGACGACAUACAGUGAGUGAAUUUUAAUUUUAUUUCCUCAUUCACUUAAGGUUGCUUUCGAUUUUGACUGAAUAUCAUCACUUCCGCUUAAAACUUCACGACAAGAGAAGCAAAUAUUGUUCACUGAUUCUGUUGUCGAACCCAGUGCGUUUUUCUCUAUAAUCUUCUCUUAAGCUUGUUUUUGAAGUUAUUUUUUAAACGCUAAAACAAAAAUACCGAGGAGGCAGGCAACGACCGUUUCCAGAAAACUUAUUGUGAAAAUAUAAAACAUUACCGAAAGUAUUGUGAACGAACGACACCUCACUUCCGUCUUUGUGUUGCUUUCAUGGCCAGUGGAUCAAAUCCAGUAACCGCAGAUGGCCAAAUGGAGGAAGCAAGGAAGACAGGCGAAGCCUUGCUUACCUCCGGCAUGGCUCAUGACCUAAAGGCCAUCCAGGUGCUAGCUAACCUCCCUCUACCGCUCUCCAAGAAGUACCGUCAUGUCAUGGUGGGCACCAUGUUGAAGGAGAACGUGUCAGGCGGCAAUAAAGCCCAGGUGCUGGAGUCAUUGACCCAUUUAGCCAAGGCCUUAAGCAUACUAGAAAAAUACGGAUGCAACCUAACUAGCCCUCUGAGGCCUAAAUUCUGGCGUAGCGUCAAGCACGCCAACACAGUUUUCAGAGCUACAGUGGACUCCAUCCAGGGCGGCCGUCAAGUGCUCUUCCUUUACGGGUACACUCAGCAGCAGUCUGAUGGCCUCAGCUUCCCCGACGACGUCACAGAGCCCGACAGGGAAAAAGUCGCCGCGGUGACGUUGGAAGUUAUGACGUUGCGUACGGAAAUAGACAUGCUCAUCAAGGGUACGCAUCCUCAUGAGGAAAUUUUCAGCGAUUUUAUACCGCAGUUUAACAUCGAGAAGGAUGCCACGACGACUGAUGCCGUUGUCAUCCCGCCGCAACAGGCGGAGGAGUCAGGGCGCAAGCGGUCGCCUCCUCCAGUGCUGCCCAAACCAAAACUCCCGACAGAAUUUCAAACUCCAAAAUUGCCACCGUCGAGCGAGUCACCAGCAGGGAUGAAGAAUUCAUCCAGUUCAUCAACGGAACAAUGCAAUCUCUGCGGCGGCUCGGCCACGGUCGUUUGCCCGUCGUGUGAUCAUCAAUCAUUCUGCGACGCGUGCGACGACCUCUUCCACCGCCACCCCGCCAGGAACCAUCACAAGCGUGAACCCAAAACCUCGCGAGAAAUGUGUUGCAUCUGCGGCGUAUCGCCCGUGCACGCUCGCUGCGCCACUUGCGUGCAGGUCUUGUGCCGCAAAUGCGACGACCUCUUCCACUCGCACCCUGAUCGUAAAGGUCACAGCAGGACUGUGCUGGAGAGCACCAAGGUUAACAGCGCUUCUUCGUCGACGUGGACGUGCAGUCAGUGCGCUACCGUCAACAAGGCGCAAAAUACGCUCUGCGCCACAUGCAAAAACAGCUCCACGCCAUCCAACACAGAGUGGAAGUGCAAGAGCUGCACAGUCAUCAAUCAAGGCAGCAGCGUCCUCUGUGAGGUGUGUGAGCGCCCCCGUCUGGCGCCUCCCCUGUCCAUCACCCCGGCGCUUCACAGCUCAGGUUCAAUCACCGUAGUAGAGCCUAAUUGGGCCUGUCCAUUCUGCACUUUUGUCAACCCCUUAUCCACAACGGCAUGUGAAGUCUGUCGUACACCAAAAAAACAGUCAAAUGUGUCACCAACUCUUCAGAAAAGCUCAGGCGACGCAAAACAUCAAGUUCCCGCACCACCCCAACCCAAACCCAAACCCAGAGUCGGCUUGGAUCUGAAGAGGCAGGACCGUAUGAAGCAAGACGGCCUCAAGCUCGUCCAACAAAUCAAAGAAGCAGAGAAGCGCGGCGUCAGCCCAGAGGAAGUUUACGCCGCGUUACGCUUCUGCGACGGCAGUACGGACCCGUGCGAUUGGCACACGACAGAACUGCCCCAACUGCUGGAUGACAUCUGUGGCAUGGCCGCCUCGGUACACGCUAACGUCUCCGCCAGUGGCGAAGGCUUGGCGCUGUCCAGAGCUGAGGCAAAGUUGGCCUGGUUGGCCACGGGGGGCGACACUGAGCGGGCGGUGAUGCAAGUGCUGCGAGAUCGGAAGUUGAAGAUGAUGGAGCUUCACUCUCUAGGCUUCAGGGACACGGGUCAAUGCGAGGAGGCCCUUCGGCAAAGCGGCGGUCAAGUAAAGGACGCGCUUUCCCUGUUACAGCGCCCCCUACUGGACCCCUUCCACAAGCGCAUCUGGAGCGAGCAGCCCGAGCCACCCUUGGACCCCAACCACCCCGACAAAGAGAGGCUGUGCCGUCGCCUGCUGGCGCUCUACGACCUGCCCAGCUGGGGGCGCUGCGAGCUGACGCUGUCGCUGCUGCAGGAGCCAGACAUGGCGUAUUCGUUGGAGGACGUGGUGCAAGCAGUGCGCGAGUCACACGACCGCGACUUUAUCCGACGCGUCCUCAACAACGAGUGCCCGGUCUGCCUCAGCAUCUUCCCUCGUAGCAAGAUGCAAUCUCUGACAUCGUGUCAGUGUUCGGUUUGCCUGGACUGUUUUACAAGGCACUUCACCAUCGCUGUGCGCGACAAGUCCAUCUGGGACAUGGUUUGCCCCACUUGCGGAAAUCCCGACAUCAACGACGCCGAGAAUUCCAACAACUACUUCUCCACGUUAGACAUCCAGCUUCGGGAAUGUUUGGAGCCAGACGUUUACGACCUCUUUCACAAAAAGCUCCGAGAUCACACGCUCAUGAAGGAACCCAAUUUCUUGUGGUGCUGCCAUUGCGCCUAUGGCUUCAUCAACGAAGGCGAUCAGAUGAAAGUGACGUGUCUGUCGUGCAGCAAGAGCUUCUGCGCUAAGUGCAAGAAACCGUGGGAGGCUCAACACCAGGAUUUGUCCUGUGAGCAAUUCCAGCAGUGGAAGCGAGACAAUGACCCGGAGUACCAGAGGCAAGGCCUGGCGGGCUACUUGAGGGACAACGGCAUCACUUGCCCUCGCUGUCGCUUCCAGUACGCGCUGACCAAAGGCGGCUGCUUGCACUUUACCUGCACUCAAUGUCGUUACCAGUUCUGCAGUGGCUGUAAUAACCCCUUCAACAAGGAGAACUGCCGAACGGAACAAUGCAACUUCACAGGCCUUCACGCUCACCACCCUCGGGACUGCCUCUUCUACCUCCGAGACUGGGAGCCCGAGAAACUGCAGGCACUUCUAAAAAGAAGCAACGUGGACUUUAACACGGAAGCUCCUGAUGGACCGCAAGUGGGCACUUGCGGCGUGAUGGAGCAGAAAGACGAAGCCAGUAACGCCGAUUCGCCGUGCGGCGUCCAGACGCAGGCAGGCCAGGCCGGACUAUGCGAUAAACAUUACCGGGAGUACCUGGUCAGUCUGAUCAACGCCCACUCGCUUGAUCCCGCCCCUCUGUACGACCCCGACAGCUUGACCAGGGCUUGUGAAAGGUACCGCGUGGACAUCCAGAGGAGGCCGAAUGAGGACGAUAAUGCCUACUACUUUCGUCUGCUUCAGAAACUAAUGGAGGUUCCUCUGGGUGAAAAAGUUUGCAGGAACGCCACUCAAGAGCCUCAUGCAACUUAAUCUGGAAGGCAGUAAAGUUCAUGGUGGUGGUCAAUGUUCAGAUGUUGAUAAUUGAAGGGAAAUGUUAUUUUUGCUUACAUGCUAAUAUAAUCUUGGAAGCAGGUAUGUCUAUUAUGGAUUAGCAUGUUGGCAAAAAUACCAUUUCCCCUAAACAUGCUCAUUGAUAAUCUUAGACAUGCCUGCUUCUAUAAUUAUCGAUUAGCAUGUCAGCAAAAUACCAUUUCCCAUCAUUAUCAAAUGAGAACAUGAUAUAGUUGUGUCUUUGGUGUUCUUAUCUAUACUACAAUUGUUUUGUUACAAGGUAUUACUGACGACAAUAGACGUUAAUAUGCUAUGCUAGCCUUGUUUUUUUUCCCACAGGCUAGAAUUGACGGCGAUGUUGGAUGUCAAUCACUGUCAAUUUUUUUUUUUGUUAAUGACUGCUGAUGAAGUGCCACUUAGUAUUUUCAACGGGUUGAUUACUAAAAUAAAAUAAAAUAAAAAUAUUAAAAAGAACAUUUUAAAAGAAUUGAAGUUGUGCCUCACACAAGGGCCUAGGUUUGCAUUGGACAACAUUUUCAGGAACCUCAAAUUGUCCCAACCAACUUUCAGGCAACCUUCCUUGUAUUGUGUAAUGAGUUCAGUUAUGUAGGUAAUUUAGAUUGUCUUUUUUAAUGUUUUAAGGAUUGAUUUGACCCUACUAUUAUUAAGUGAUAUACAUUAUUUUCAGACUUACAUUUACCCCUUUUCACCUGCUCGGACCGUUAUUAUAUUAUUUAACCUCAAACGCACGUUGGAUUGGCUGAUGACAUGCCCCCCCCCACACACACACACACGCACAUACAAAGUUUUUUUCGGCCAGCAGCAGCUACUGUAAGGAAUGUAAAAGACGUCAGUGUUGUGGACAUGGGAAACACAUCACUAAUUUUGCUACUGAAAGUCUGACCUGCAUCAGUUAGCAUAACAUUAAACUGUGUGAACAUGCUAACCUGCAAAACUUGAGUGGGAAGUUGCUUAAAGAGAAAUGUCCAGUAUGUUUUUUCUGCUGUUAACCUUAUGAGUUUUUUUAUGUUACAUUUGUUAAUUUAGACAGACAAUGUGAGUGGUCUAAAGACAAAUGUUUAUUUUUUGCAUUCCUGGACAGUUAAGAGAUUAUUAGUAGGUUUGUAUUUAUGGUGUAUUUUGAAUUUGCUAAUAAAAUCCAGAAAUUUAUUCUGGAAGUUUUCAAGAAUGUUUCUUUAAUAGUUUUCGAAAACAAAGGUUUGAAUCAAACGGUGUACCAGCUGAACCAAUACACAUGAAAGUUGGUAUAAGUCAAAACAGAUUUAUUUUGCAUUGAUCAUUUGGCAUAUCAAUUAAUUAGGUUCAUAUUCAUGAGAAAUGUUGCCUUGACCCCGUUCACCUAAUCUGUUUGGGUUUAAUAAUGUCCCUUCCUAAGCAAAAAGUGUACAUGCAGGUUAGGUCCCUACCAAUGUUGAGACCAAACCUACGCCCUUGGCCUCACAAGCAGUCUUUUAAAAAAAUGAUAAGGGUGGACAAUUUAGCUAACUUAAGUCAUGAAUUAAUCAACACAGUUAAUGAAAAAAGUGCAUUAUCAAAGCCAUUAAAGUUGAGCCAUACAUAGUACUAUAUACAGUAGGGCAAAUAAGUAUUUAGUCAACCACUAAUUGUGCAAGUUCUCACACUUGAAA